AUGUUUAGCCUAGAUAAAGUUCCAACCCUUUACAGCAAAACUUCCGAUCCCGAGCCAAAAGAGCCAAGUUGCUCCAAUGAGAAGAUUACUCCACAAACAAAGUGUGAAAAUAGCAUUACAUUUUUACAAUCUUUGAAAGGAUUUAGAGUUGGGCAUUUAAACAUCGCUUCGUUAGUCAAGCAUAUUGAUAAAUUAAAAAUAUACUUGAAAAAAGAACCACUCGAUGUUUUGAGCAUUAACGAAACUCGAUUGGAUGAAACAAUUAGUAUAGAUACUGUUAGUAUACCCGGUUACGACAUGGUUGCCAAAAAUCGUAAUCGGCAAGGAGGCGGUGUUGCAAUUUACCAUAGCAGUAUUUUGAACGUAAUUGAUAGAGAUGAUUUAGUCCCAGAGGACGUCGAGGCUGUUUGCCUCGAAAUUAUUAAGCUUAAAUCUAAACCUGUCGUAAAUGCAUCUGCAUAUAGGCCACCGAAGUCGCAAAUUGAAUUCCUUGAUAAAAUUGAAGUCUUAUUUCAAAACCUUGACAACGAACAUAAAGAACUAAUGAUCAUUGGCGAUUUAAAUU